AUGGACAGCUCAUUACCCCAGGAUAUCAACAAAGAGGCUAAGCGCACUAAGAAGGUCGGAGUUGUUGGUAAAUACGGUAUCCGUUAUGGUGCCUCCCUCCGUAAGCAGGUCAAGAAGAUGGAAAUCACCCAGCACAGCAAGUACACUUGCACUUUCUGCGGUCGUGAUGCCGUCAAGCGCCAGUCUGUUGGUAUCUGGAAGUGCCGUGGAUGCAAGAAGACCAUGGCCGGAGGUGCCUGGACCUUGUCGACCACCGCUGCCGCCACCGUCCGCUCCACCACUCGCCGUCUCCGCGAGAUCAUGGAGGUUUAA